ACCCGCAAAUUUCGGUCAAUUUACUUACGCCGUGUACACUGAGCAGUGCACAAUGAACGAAAUAUUUUUAGUCGAUUGCUUUGUUUAACAGUAUAGUGAAUGUUUUAUAGUAUCCAGUAUUUAAUGAUGAUGUAUCCUUGAAUCGAUAGGUAUAACGUAGUCUUAAAAUUGUAAUAUACCUACGAGCUUUCCUGGUUUAUAGUUUCCUUAUCUCAUUGAAUGAGGUUUGUAAGACCUUGAAUAAUACUUGGUCUUAGAUUACAAAAUAUUUUCCUCCAUGGUUCAUUGUGAAAUGUGCAGUUAAGAUUUAAGAACUAUAUUCUAAACACUAGAAUUGUUAAUUGUAUACAUUAUUAUAAAAUACCAUUAUCACCAAUUAAAAUAUCAAUGUUCCAAUUAGUUUCCGAUUGAAGGUAUAAAACCCGCCAUUUCACAAAGAAUGUAAAUCACACACAUAUUACGAAUACAGUAAGCUUUUAUGUUAAAAGCGAUUCACACUCACGCACAAAGUCUUGCUUGUAUACCUACCAUUGAAUUUUAAUUCAUUACAUUCAUGCAGAGUCGCGCGAGAAUAUGGUUCCCCUCGCUCUGUUCGCUGCCUCUGGUUAUCAGCUUACAAAAUGUCUGAUGCUGUCUUACUCUGACGAGCAGCUAAUACGUAUAGUUCUGUCUCGUUUCGACGCAUAUUGCGCGUUUUUCUUCUUUUGCCGCGUCAUAUGCCAGUGUCGAAGCACAAGCGUAGUUUGGAUUGUUUUCUAAAGUGUAGUCGAUGAACGAGUGCAUUUUGUGUGCGACGGUUUGAUUCGGUCUUAAUUGUAAGGCUGCCGGUUUGACCCUAAUUGAUUUGAGUUCCUUUGUUUAGGAGGUCGGGUAGGUUAUUAAUAAGAGGGUACCUACGUUAAGGGUAACCGCGCAGCCAGAGCGCGCAGUUAGACGUUUGGUACCCGGCCGCGCCGCACGUGGUUUCGUGUGGACAAUUUGCCGCGAAUCUUUUGUCCUGUUCAGUGCUCAAUCCGGUGGAAAAUGGGAUUUUAUUAUUCAUGGACCAUCUGAAUGUGAUCUUAAGAAUCACUUCAUCAAUGACGGUAACAUUCAUAUGACUACAACCGGACAAUGCGGUCACAAACUUCAAAACCCUUACCUAAGAAAGGGGAACUGAAUAAAACAUCAUUCAAGAGUUCAACUGCCAAACAGGCUGCAAAGAAGUCUGUGUCGCCGAAAAAAGUAAAAAAUUUGGUAAACAAGUCAUUGAUUAAAAGCCCGAAAAAGAAUACGGCGAAGGAUGAUUCGAUCAAUUCUAAAACUGAUGAAGUUUCCGGAACUGGAGACAAAAAUGAAAAUUCAUCCGACGCCAAUAAAGCGGGACCAUCAAAAGCUUCGACUACGCGAGUCGAUUUACCUGUUAAAAAAGCCAAGAAAGACCCCAAGGAGAAAAAAGAUCCGCCUAAAGUGGCCGCAGAAAAUGUAAAGAAAGUUGCAUGCAAAAAACCAAUUAAAGUGGAUAAAAAGGCUAAACCUGUUAAGCCAAAUGCAAAAAAGAAUGGAAAAGAAGAUGAUGUAAAGUACAAAAUUAAUAAAGAUGUAAAAAAAGCUACACCGAAAUUUACUAAAGCUAAAACUAUAAUAAAAAAAGGAAAUUCUGCUGCGAAUGAAAAAAAGAAAGCAGCUUCGCAAUCAAAACAAGAAGGUACGAAAUUAAAAGACGAAGAGAAUAAACACGUGAAAGAAAAUUCUAAGGAAGAGAAUAAAACGGUUUCUGACUGUAAAGAUGAACCUAAAACUACUAAGGUUGAUGAAGGAAAAGAAGGAGAGUCAGUUGGUAAUAAAAAUAAUGACCCAUCUGUUUGUAAGACUCCACCUAAAACUUCAUCUGCUAGUCAACCAGAGACGCCAAAAUCUGAGACGGAAAGGCCCCCAAAAUUUUUCACUUCGAGCAGAUCUCCGCGCACUGUGGAUAUCGACGUAAAAUGUUGCAAGAAUUCCAAAGGGAAUCUUAGUGUUUCAGAAAAGUUCUUGUCGAUGAAAGUAGAAACAAAGACAGAAGAAAACGCAAAGGAGAAAAGCUCAUCGAACGCUUUGGUACAAGGAUCAGAAAUCGAUGUUUACACUUUCACAGAAAAAGUAGAUUCUCCCAAAAGCAUUUUGUCUGACUUCCGAAGUCCAGUGAAUAAGAAUAUUGGCCGUGUUCGGCCAAUAGCCAGAGUAAAAGGUACAGUUAUAGACAAGAAGACAGAAUCUGAAAAGAAGAAAUAUUCGCCACAUCGCCCCAUUGAAGAAGUUGUAAACAAACUAAAAAAUAAAAGAUCGGAAGAGUUAAAUGCAAACCAAAAUCAAAAUGUUUGCAGUGCGUCCAGUGUCGAAACCAGUGCGGUAAGUAAUGAAGCUGACUCAGAAGAAAAACCAAAACCUAUUGUAAGUAAGUCAUAUAAAAUGGUGGCUCGAAAGUCAAGUAUAACAGGAAAACCUUUUAGUCCCAUAAAGCUUUCUUUUCCUCUUGACCAAGAACCUUCAACAGAGAAAACUGAAAAAUCUGAAAAGCCAGUUAAGUCCUCUCCCGCAAAGAAAACUGUGGCUAAGACGAAAAAGCAAGUUAAAAAAGGAAGUCUUUCCGAUGAAGAUAUUGAUAACUCCAAGUUUGCGUUAAACACUAAAACGUUCCAUUACACGUCUUCUGAUGACAGCGUUAAUGAGUCAAAUGAUGACAAUGACACCAAAGAGUCCUCGGAAUCUGACACCCCUAAAAAUAAGAAAACUAAAAACAAAAAGCUUAAAAAAAAUAGAAUCACGGACAGUGCCAAAAAAGCCCCAUCUAAAGAACUAAAAGAACUAUCAAAAGAUUCUCUUAUUGAUCUUAAAGAUAAUUCUGCUUUGCUGGGUAAUGAAAAACCGAGUAAAAGGCGCUUAAAACUAUUAUCUAUGUGGUCUGGCCCAAAAAAACAUAGAAUGGCUUCCCUAAAUGCCAUCGCUAAAGUACAUUGCUUGUACGAAAAUGAAAGUAGAACUCACAUGGAAUUAGGUUUGAUGAAGACCAUAGAUAGACAAGCAUUGCCUAGUACUUCCAAAACUGUAACACCGAAAAAGAAAGAAACUAAAACUAGAGAAUCUGAAAAACAAGAAAGUACUUCGGAAUCAGAAUAUGAAGCUAAGAAAGAAAAGAAAGAAGCGAGUUCUGAUAGUUCCGACGAUAACCCCCCUCCAAGGUCUUUACGAGAGGUAAGGGGUAUUAGAAGUGCAGGGAAGUACUGGGAUCCGAAAUCCUCAACUUCUUCAAGUGAAGAUAGUGAAUUAGAAACCAAGAAAAAAGUCUCUAUCCCGGAGAAAAAGAAGGUAGCCACUAAAACGGUAUCAGGCAAAUCGGACUCCGACAAACCGCCAGCUAAAAUGAAAAAGACUGCUGGUGUACCUAUAAAAAAGAAGCGUAACAGAAAUGAGGUUGUAAUGGAUCUUAAAGACAUGGUGGUACAAAAACGCAUGGCAAGUUUAAAUGCCACUGCUAUUUUAGCAGCUAGUUACGAAAAACGUUCACCUAAAUCUAACAAAGACGAUACAACAUCAGACUCAUGCAGUGACGAAUCCUAUUCACAGAAGUCAAAAAACGGGCUAAGUUCCGGCGUGAAGUCGGAAUCUAAAAUUGAAUUUGAUGCUAAAACUGAAAGCGACGAAUCGGCCAUGUCUGACCGAAAACAAAAACUUGAAGUAAUAGUUAAUCAAGAUACUGAUGUAACUAUAACCGGUGUGUAUUCCACUCAUCAUCACGAGGGGUUUUGCACGGUAUCCGGGAUGCAGUACCGCAUCUCAUCAACCAGCCACACGCAAACAACAGCUACAGCCAACUGUGAAAAGGAAGGAUGUUCACGUGAGGACGGAGCCCGCUACACUCCUCUCUCCGCCUUGUCAUCCAUGCAGCCUCCCGCCGAACACGCACAUGCACACCCUCAUCCAGUCGGGGCAGAGGGCAGUCACAAUACCUCUCCGCCACGUUCUCUCGCAGGCUGCACGCCUACUCUCACUCCAGCGGGGGCAGAGGGCAGGAACAAUACCCCGCCACGAUCACUCGCGGACCCCACGAAUAACCUCGUCCCAGUUCCCGAGCUGGGAGGACUGGCGCGUCGUCCGGGCUGCUCCAGCGCAUUCUCCGCGCCGACAGCGUCUCAUCAUGAACCAGGUAAGCCGAUGUGCACAUGCAGUCUAUGCAGUAUGCCUCGUACCGCCUCGUACGGAUACUAUCAGCCGGCAGGGCCGCUGAUCAAAGAGACGAGCGCAGACGCAGAGCGCGCGCUCGCUAGGUACCAUGCCCCACACUACCACACGCCGCAUCCACCACCAGUACUACAGAAUUAUGGUCCCCCUUACUACCCGGACCUAUGUUAUGGCCGUUACUACAGGCCGCCGGGCUCUUACCACAUGCCACCGCCUCAACCCGACUCUCAGAUGGUAGGCGUUGGAAACGAGCCAUACCCACCACCACAAUACUACGGUAUGCCACCAUGUUACCAACACCCACCACAAAGAAUACCAUAUGUGGAACAUCGCGGAUGCCCCUGCCCUCUAAACGCGUGUCCAAAAAACGUCCUUAUUGGGCCCGCUACUGGUAAAGCCCCAGCCGGUAGUGGCCCCGCGGACGUAUCCCCUGCUCUCGCGCCGCCCGGGGGCGCCUUCCGACCGAAGGUGCGGGCGUGCGCCAUUGACGCUGCCGCAGACACUCAUGGCAGCGGCAAGGACCCACCAUUAGAACUGGAACCUCUCGCUGGUAAUGGCGCAACUCACCCUUGUGCCAUACCAGCCAUAGGCGGAGUCUCGCCUAAACGUGAACACUAUGAUGUUCGGGAUAAACUGCGAAUUGCUAACGAUAUACCCGGACCAACAGAAGCCAUAGGCCCUCCAUCGCCCGCGCGUGGCUCGGCAGGAGCUUGUGCCCCGCAGCCGCCGCCAGUGGCCCCGCGCCGCGCUCGACUAGGCAAAGCCAUGGCCCGCCGGUCUCUAGCAGGUGACGAUACCGGCCUGCUACUUUCAACACCACAACCUACACUUAUGCACCACAGCGAUGCCGAUGAUGACGUUCUCGCUAUUUCACCUCCAACCUGUGCACCUAUUGAUCUAUCUUCCUCAGACGAAAGGUCGACCCCACUUGUCGACGUCAAAAAGGAGAAUGAAGGUCCAACGUAUGCAGCCGCCAGAAAACCCGAGGCGCAGGCGCUGAGGGAACAUAACAGUACAACAGUUCUAGAUGCUACCAUAGUUAUAGACGCAGCUAAAGCUGUAAAACGGAGAUAUUCGAGACCAAAACUAGAGAUUGAUAUGAAAGAUACUCAACUUGAGGAUGCUUGUAAAACAAAUGGUAUUGGUGAACAUGUAAAACUCCAAAAACGAAGAAAAGUGUCGGGAGACCAGACUGAUAUGCCGAGAACUGAAACAAUAACAAAAGAAACUAAGAAAAAACAGACACAAUCAAAAAGGCCACCUAAAACUCCACCUGGAGAGAAAAAAUGUACAAAAAGGAAAUCUGAAAAUACAAACGCUGGACCUAAACCAAAAAAGAUACUCCUUGAAAGCUCGUCUGACGACGAUGCUAAAGAUGCUAGGCUUAAAGCUGUUGCAGUAGUAAUCGAAGAUCCUGUAGCGUCAAAACCAAAAAAUAAAAGUGCCCUACUCCUCGAUAAUCUUAUAAGAAAAAACAGUAUUGACAGGGCAGACGCUAAAGGCUUGGAUGCUGACCUAAAUCCUGCUGAAUUGUUCCUAGGCCCAAAUGAAAAUAUUUCUCAAAGCAAUUCUAAGAAAACUUUAAAUAUAAAUAAUAACAUUGUCGAAACCACAGGUACGGUUAACAGUGUCCGAGCCAACACGCUCGCAGCAGUAUCACAGCUAAUAGGAAAGAAACUUGCCUGUAAAGUUGAAAAGGUCGACUCCAAAGUGACCCAUGAAGUUAAAUCAGUAUUAAAAUCACCCACCGUGAAAGCUGCUCCUAAGGAUGAACGUAAAAGCGUCUGCAAGUCCGACGUAAGUGAUGAUUUGUUAAAGACUUGCGUCAUGAUAGAGACUGCAGUUAAAAUACCUCAAAGUGAAGAAAUAUUGAAAGACAAUAACAGUAUCGUCGCCAAUGUUAUUGAAUCAGAUGAUAUCACUAAAACCCAAAACUCAGCAAAUAAACCAGAUUUUGAAGAGGAACCUCAGGAGCCAGAAACUGUGCUCGUAGUCGAGCCUCCUGAGAGAAUUGAAGAUGAAGAAUCAAAAAAGUUACGCGAGGCUGAAAAGGAAACGGAGCAAGCUAAACUGGAUAGGACAUCGGUGAAGCGAUGCAAAUUAUCAAAUGGGGAGUUGAAAGCGAAAAAUGUAGAGAAAGUAGUUAAGCUGUUGGUGUCGAAGAGGCCGGCGAUAAAGACGGACGAGGCGACGUUGGUGGUGGAGGAAGCGUGCGCGUCGCCGGCGCCCGCGGGUCCGGGGGCGCGGAGGGCGCGGCGCCGGGGCGCGGGCCGGGGGCGCGCCGCCCGCCGCCUGCUGGCGCCCCCCGCCCCGCCCGCGCUCGAGCCGCACGCGCCCCCGCGCUGGAGCAACGGCUGGAACUGGGAGGGAGAACACUACCUCUCCAAAGUCUAUCUCAAUAACGACUCCCGCCUGGACCGCACGGCCCGCUGCUGGUCGCGCAUGACGCACGCGAGCGGGGACAGUGUUGCGCGCGGUGACUGCGUGCUAUUGCGCGCUUCCCUAGCCAGAGCACAGCCCUACGUCGCCAGGGUUGCCAGUCUCUGGGAGAACCCUGAUGAUGGUAAGGACCGUGAGAUGAUGGUGUCCCUGGUGUGGUACUACCGGCCGGAGCACACGGAGCACGGGCGCGCGGCGGGCGACGCCCCCGACGAGGUGUUCGCGUCCCGUCACCGCGACGCCAACUCCGUCGCCUGCAUCGAGGACAAGUGCUACGUGCUCACCUUCAAUGAGUACUGCCGAUACCGCAAACGGCUAAAAGCGGCGGAAGAAGGCGUGACCAUCACCCCCUCCAUCGUACCACAGUUACCGCCCAGCGAAGUGAGUCCGGCGGUCGCGCCCAACGACUCCAAGCUGCCGCCCUCAGUAUCGCCUGAGCUCGUGCUCUUCUGCCGCAAGAUAUACGACUUCAGGUCCAAGAAGAUCCAGGUGCCCAACAAAUGAGCCGCCAGCCCGCACUCUCUGGUUAUCGUUACUAAGAUCUGUGUCCGCGGGCACGACGCGGCGGCCACACGUUACGCGUCACCACAAAUUUUUAUAAUGUAUUUUAUCUAAAGGAAGUAAACACCAAAGUUACGUUACGAAGUUUUAACAGUUAUUUGUCGGCGGUACUUCUAAUAUCGGCGUGUGGGAGGCACGCCUCAAGAGGACGACCCUCUACGGACUCGAUCAUUUCUUCUAUAGUAGUGUCGUCGCAAUCCCUUAAAUUAGUACAAAAGCGUUCCCGGGUGCAAGUAGAUGUGUGACCUGUGCCCAUUUUAUGUGAAGAUAUACUACUUACGUAAUCGUUGUGUUAGUAAUCGCCGAUCGGUCAGUUUGUUGCUUGUGUCGUGAUUUGUCGUAGAGGUUUCUUUCGUAUUUAGAUUUACAUUGAUUUGCGGUAUUCGAGUGAUUUCGAUGAAUAAUUAUUUGUAUCAAGGAUGCCUUUUAUAAUGUGUAAGUAGUUGUAAGUAAAUCGUGUUGGAGGAAGAUGCAUAAUUAUGUAUAGCAAUAUAUUUUUCUUUCUGCUUUGAGAUAAAUGAGCGAAUGUCCUAUUUAUUCUCACUCAUUUUAAAGCGAUGAGAAAUGCUGAGUACUGAUUUAAUAGCUAUUCUGUAUAGCUGGUACGAUUUUGUAUGACAAUUAAGUUUUUAUUUGGCUACUCGGAAAAUGAAAAGGCAUUUAUAAUUAUUACAAUAUUAUGUUUAAUUAUGUACCUAUUUGUUAUAUUGUUGCGCAGACAAUAUGUCCAUACUGUCUGUGUAUUGUUGUCAAGGUAGAGUCUAUAUUAAAUUAUUCUUUAUUUAUUUAAGAGCACACAGUUGCGCGUGAGCAAUGUCAGAAUCGUAGCGAGAUCUCUUCUGUAUAUUGUGGUCUGAUAGAUAUCAUCACAGUUGUCGUGCGUUACGUGCUCGCGUCUCGUACAAACCACACUGUUUAAGUUUCCAAAAUAUACGUGAUUCUUUAAAGAUUCAACCAUUAAAUUAGGUGUGUAGUUAUUGAUACAUCACAAAUUUUGCAAGUUUUAUAAUUUUAUGAAAUAAGAACGUAAUUUUAAUCGGAUAACGGGGUGAAGGUUGCCUCAGUUACGCUCCGUAUCAUGAAGCCCCCUUUUUUUUUUUUUGUUUAUCCGGGGAAUCCUCAUGGACACCCACUCCCUCGGGGGAGGAAAUGGGUAGUGCAGACUUUUACUGACUAAACCUGAACCGCCGUGCUACGUCAUCCGCGUUUUUGUGUCGGUGUAUGGCAAUGCGUUGCAAUCCUUCAUACACCGACCGCGGGAUCAUGUAGCCCCCGCCUACAAGCUGUAACUCAAUACCCGUAGGUGCGUUCUAUAUAUCUGCAGUAGAUUUUUAAACUUUUUAAUAUAUCAAUUUAACAUUAGAAUGGAAGUAUAAUGUGUGCCCUGCCUUCAAAGGAAUUGAUUUUAAAUUUUGAAUUUCGGCCUUACGACAUCCAAAUAGUGAGUAAUUGUUUUAUUAGGACUGGUCCAGAGUAGUUACAGGAAGACUGAUUUACGAAAAUUGAGCAUAUUGCAUAUUUAUUUUAUUUAUUUGCAAGCAUUAUGUACCCACUUACAUAAAAAAAUCAAAGUGAUUUCAUUUUUACUCUUUCGCAGCAAAUAUAAAUCAAUUUAAAAAAAAUAACAAAUGGGAACAUUGUAACAUAUUUUAAAUGUAAUAUUAGUGCAUAGAAGUAAACAAAAAAAACACUUGAGUGUUAAAGAGAUAUAUUGUAAGACUAUAAUAGUGAAAUCUCUUUAUCAUUAGAAACAUAAUUUUAAGUAGUGCGAUCGAAAUAAAGAAUAUAUAUUUAACGUUAUAUUUCCUACGGGGAAAAUGAAGAAAAGGGCAUUUAUAAGUUUCAAUUAAAGCACCCCUCAUUUCCUGUCUUCACUAUUUCCUACAAUGUAUCUCUGGAUUGUGUUGACUAUCAUUAUUUUUGUACAUAUUAUAAUUUUGUUUUAGUAUUCGCUAUUUUAUUUGUUAUCUUUCCAGUGAGAUUUGUAACCACUAACUGUAUCGAUAAUGCCGAUCUAAUGGAGGUAAUAUUCUCUACGAUUCGUGUUUUAUAAGCAUUCCGUAUAACGAUAGGUAACUUGGAUCAUACGAUGUAAUCGUGUUCACACCGAAUAAGCCUUACAGCAUUUGUUUCUUCAAGCCUGGAUGUUUGUUAUUGGUCUGAACUUAUUAUUUAUAUGAUGCAGAAUGUAACAUACAAUUGUUAGGUAAAUCAUUACUCGAAAAUAAAUCAAUUGAAAUAACUUUACAAAAACGUAUUUGAUACACUUCUAUGAAGGUUUGUUAGGUGAAAUAUUGUCUAAUAUUUUGAUAUGGAGCUUUUUCAUUCUAAUAAAUGUAUGUCACAAU